AUGAAUACACAGUUUGAAAAUUUCGAUGAACUACUAAAAGAUUUAGAUUUAAAAAAUUAUGUGAGUUUUGUAAAAAAGUGCUUUAAAAAUGGAAUAAAAAAAAAUGAAGAAAAUAUAUGUUCUCAAGACUUGCGAAAUUUAGCAAAAUGUUUACCUCGAGUUUCAGGGGUUUGGUAUGACUUACAUAAAAAUAGUUGGGAGGCAAGAUGGUCUGAAGGAGCAAAAUCUGCAAGAAAAUAUUAUUCUGUUCAGAAAUUUGGAUUUCAUGAAGCAAGAAAACUAGCUAUUAAGACAAUAAAAACAAAAGAAAUAAAUUAUAUAUAUAAUAGUAUUAAUGAAGAUUUUAAUAAGCCAUUAAAAUGGAAUUUAAAUAAUGAUUUUCUAGAAAUUAAUCAUGACCCAACUAUAAAUUUAAAAAAAAAAUAUAGAACUACAAAUUGUAAAAUUAAAGAAAUAAAAAUUAAAAAAGAUUUAAUUGGUAUUGAAAAUUAUAGUAAUACAAAUAUUGGAAAACGAUUAAAAAAUGUAAAAAAAAAUAAUUCAACUUUUAUUUGUUCUUUACAAAAUGAAAAUUACUAUGAAAAUGAUGAUACACAAAUCGAUACAACUAAUUGUACUAUUAAAAAUAUCGAUGAAAUAAAUAGCCAAUGUAAUAAUAAAAUGGAUAUACUUAAUUAUAAAAAUGAUUUAUGUAUUGAUAAUGAUGAUACAAAUAUUACACUAAAUGAAUCUGCUUCUUUGAGUUCAAAAGACACAGCUUUAUUUAUUCCAAAAAAUAAAAUCCAUGGAAAAAAAGAAAUAAAAAGACAGAAUGUUAUAUCACCAUUAGGUAAUACUAAUACUAGCAUUAAUAAUAAAAAUGGAACUACUCUUAUUUCUUCAGACAUGUUAUAUAAAAAUGAAAAAUAUUCUGAAAGUGCAAGCAAUUUUAGUAGUAUAGUUAAAGUGACAGACGAUACUAUUCCUUAUGGUGAAAACAAUGACCAUUUUGAGUGUAGUGGUAGAUCCAUUUCAGUAAUCCCAGAAAAAAAUAUUGUAAGUUACAAAAAUGUUAAAAAAAAUAAUAAUACAAUAAAUUCUGAACAUAUAUCUUCAGUAUCAAACUGUAAUAAAAAAAUGGGGCCUAACAAUAUAAGUAAAGAAAAGUGUAGUAGUAAAAAUAGGGAUACCAUAAAAAAUGAUAUUUUUUCAAAAAAAAAAAAAAAAAAUAUAUUCGAAACACAAAAUGAGCAAAAUUUUAAUAAUAGUAAUAACAAAAUGAAUGUCACAAAAUCGGGAAUUAUAGAAAAUGUUGAAGACUGUCUUAAUCUUAAUAUUUCUACUAUAGACAAAAAUUUUAUUAAUCCAAUAAUCAACUCUCAAAGUAAUAAAGUUCCAUCAUUUGAAUAUUCAGAUGAAAUAAAUUGUUUAAGAGAUGAUGUACCAUAUGGUUGUAGCAACCAUCUCUAUAUAAAAAAAAAUGUCGAUUUUUCAAAUUUACAAACACAAUAUGAUUUAGGUGAAAAUAAAAAAAAUAAAUUUUCUGAAUUAGCAUUAAUAAAUAUAAAAAAUGAAAAAAAAUCUGUAACUGUAAUUUCUCCCCAUGAAACAAACAAGUAUGAAGAUCUUUGUAAAGAUGAGGAUAUAGUUAGCAAAUACAAUUGUAGAGGUAAAUGUACAAACAUAUUUAAACGGAAAUAUAAUAAAAUGGUUGAUGAUUCAUCUACUAGUGAACUAGCCAUAUCUGAUAAAAAUCAGUCAAAUAUAAAUGGCUGUUUCAAUGGAAACACGUAUGGAUUUACUGAUAAUGGAAAUGAAGGUAACAAGAAAAAUGAUGAUCCUACAAAUUUUGAUAAAACACCCAAAUUACGUAAAAAAAAUAAAGGAUCUAAUAAUUUUUGUGAUAAAAAAAAUAAUUAUAAUGGUGAAUUAAAUUUAAAAGAUUCUAUACAUUCAGAUACUUUACACAUUUUCAAAAAUGCAAUAAAUUUAUUAUUGAAUGAUUUAAAAUAUAAAUGUAUACCUAAUUUUGAUAAAAAAAUUUUGAAUAUAAUUGAAAUAAUAGAUAAUCAUACAAAUUAUGUAAAUUCAACUUUUAAUGAAACAUUUUUAAUAACUUAUGUUCAUUUAUUUGAUACUUGUGUAUCCAAUAAUAUUUUACCUAGCCAAAUGGAUCCUAAAAUUCAAAAAAUAUUUUGCAAUGCUUUGAUAGCAUUUCACAUUUUGUUGUUUAAUUUUCAACGAUCUAAAAAAUAUUAG